AUGCGAUUGUUCGCUUGCUCGUUGUUAGUCCUGUUUGUUUCGUCUACCCUCGGAGCCAUGCAAGAAGAUGAGGUCGGCAUCACGGUGAGGGUCGAUCCCGGCAAAGUUGAAUGUUACUUCCACACCGUCCAGAACCCCGCCUCCGGCUCGAUGGAGGUCAACUGGAUGGUCUUGAAAGGCGGCAGCGGCCUGGACAUCACAUUCACCCUACGAAGCCCAAGUGCUGCGCCUUUGUCCGAAGAGGUGGCCAAGCAACACGGGCGAUUCAAUGUCGAUUUUUCUGUGCACCCACUCGGCGACUAUGUGAUGUGCUUCGACAACAAAAUGAGCAUGACCUCCGAGAAAAUUGUCUCUCUUCACAUGUACGUCAUGGACAAGAGCGGCAACUACAUGAGCGAGCUCAACGCCCUGAACACGGACAGCUCGGCACACCUAGAGGCUCGCUUGGACUUCUUCGAGGGCACGACGAUGAGCAUCAAGUCCAAGCUGACACGCAUUGAAUCGCUGCAGAGCGAGAUGCGCCGCAUUGAGUUCAUCGAUCGUGGUAUGGCAGAAUCUACCUUCGAGAGCAUGAACUUUUGGGGAAUCGUGAACACGAUCGCCAUGUUGACGGCCGCCGGGGUUCAGGUUUUCCUGAUUCGCAGCAUCCUCUCCGACGAGUCGACGGUCGGUCGCGUGCUUCGUCGCGCCAAGCUCUCGACC